AUGUCGGUUGCCAUGAAGAUUAAACGAGUUAAGGUGAACAGCGCUUCCGAACUGCCAGAAAACGCCGCUGAAACUCCCGGAGGAACCAUGUUCGCCUUCACUCCCGGUGGAACUAAGAUCAUCUACGACCGGGACUUCCUCCUCCACCUCAAGCAUUCUCCAGCUUCAAAGGGAAAACCAAACCUGCCAAAUAUUCCAGGUGUUACCACCCCGACUUCUCCACUUGCUACAGAGUCCUGCAGCGGCACUAUCAAAGAAGAAAAGGAACCAGAAGUCGAAGAGGAGCAAGAAGAAGAGCAACAUGACGAUGACAUGGAGCUCUAG